AGAGGAUGUCACUGCUCUGUCUCCUCCUCCUCUUCUCACUGUGGUUCAUGCUCCACUCGGCUUGAGGGACAAACCUGUGAAUUUGUGGAUUUUUCGGAUUCCAAACUGUCUCUUCCUCAGCGAGCUACAAGAUCCACCAACAGUAUGGCCUUCACAUGUGACCAGUGUGGAAAGGAGUGGCCAAAAGCUUCCAAACUGAAAAAACACUACAGAACUCAUGCAGGAGAAAGACCAUACAGCUGUGACCAGUGUGGGAAGGGAUUUAAACACUCUGGUGCGCUCAGUGUUCAUAUGAGAAUCCACACAGGGGAGAAACCAUACAGCUGUGAUGUUUGUGAGAAGACAUUUUCAUGGUCAAGCAACCUAGAAAAACAUAUGAGAACCCACACUGGAGAGAAACCAUACAGCUGUGACCAGUGUGGGAAGAAAUUUAUAGACUCUGGUGGCCUCAAACAACAUAUGAGAACCCAUACAGGAGAGAAACCAUACAGCUGUGACCAGUGUGGGAAGACAUUUUCACAGUCAAGCGUUCUAGUCAUACAUAUGAGAAUCCACACAGGGGAGAAGCCAUUUAAAUGUGAACAUUGUGGGAAGGAAUUUAGACAGUCUUGUGAUCUCCAUCGUCAUAUGAUAAUCCACAGAGGGGAAAAACCAUACAGAUGUAAUGUUUGUGAGAAGACAUUUUCAUGGUCAAGCAGCCUAGAAAAACAUAUGAGAAUCCACACAGGAGAGAAACCGUACAGCUGUAACCAGUGUGGGAAGAAAUUUAUAGAGUCUGGUGACCUCAAACGACAUAUGAGAAUCCAUACAGGGGAAAAACCAUACAGAUGUGAUGUUUGUGAAAAGACAUUUACAUGGUCAAGCCACCUACGAAAACAUAUGAGAAUCCACACUGGAGAGAAACCACACAGCUGUGACCAGUGUGGGAAGAAAUUUAUAGACUCUGGUGACCUCAAACAACAUAUGAGAAUCCAUACAGGAGAGAAACCAUACAUCUGUUAUGUUUGUGAGAAGACAUUUUCACGGUCAGGCAACCUAGAAGCACAUAUGAGAAUCCACAUUGGAGAGAAACCAUACAGCUGUGACCAGUGUGGGAAGACAUUUUCACGGUCAAGCAUUCUAGUAACACAUUUGAGAAUCCACACUGGAGAGAAGCCAUUUAAAUGUGAACAUUGUGGGAAGGAAUUUAGAGUCUCUAGUCAUCUCCAUCGACAUAUGAGAGUCCACACAGGGGAAAAACCAUACAGAUGUGAUGUUUGUGAGAAGACGUUUUCAUGGUCAAGCAGCCUAGAAGAACAUAUGAAAGUCCACACUGGAAAGAAGCUGUAUGAGUGUGACCAGUGUGGGAAAGCUUUCUCUCAACCAUCCCAUCUCAAUAAACACAAGAGAACUCACUUCUGGCAGAUACUAUAUGAGUGUGACCAGUGUGAAAAGGCUUUUAGAACAUCCCAGGAACUCUCCAGUCACCACCGAACACACACAGGAGACAAACCAGACGACUGUGAAGAAAGAGGGGAAGGCUUUCAGGUCUGUGAGGAACUGUCUGAAACAUGUCUAAAUCUUCGAGACUGAAGAGAAAAGCUACAGCUCCAACCACUUUGGGAUGACUUUGAGACAACCUGCUCAUCUGAAGGUGCACCCUCUUGAACACACUAAAGGACAAAGAGCUGCUGAGGCCAGUAUUCUGUCAAAAUGAGCUCCCGCAGCCUAAACUAACAGUGAUGUCUAUCCAUUCAUGUAGCUCUGUCGAAAUGAGCGACCUUAUGUUUUUCUGUUUACUGUUGUAUAGACUAGGGAUGGGCAUUCGAUUAAAUUUUCUUAAUCCAUCGUCGGGAGAAUUAACUAUUGAUUAUCAAUUAAUCAUUAACGUUUUUAUAUUAAAAUUAUCAUCAUUAUUAUUACAUUUCUGCACUACUAAUCUGCAAAAAUAAAUUUGAUUUUACGAUUUAUAAACUGUAACCACUCUAUAGCCACAUCAGCCUGUUUGACAUUAUAAUGUGUUUAAUGCAGUUUUGCGCAACUCUCACAGAAACAAAACUUAAAACUGCAUGGCUAAUUUGCAUAAACUAAGCGAAGAAAAAAAAACAGCUCUUGUGUGCUGAUGCGGUAUGACUCAGUGGAAUACAGGUUAGUGUGAACAUAUUUGCGUUUGUCAAAACCAGGACACUGUGCGGGGGGCGGGGCCUCGUCAUCGACAUUGAGCUACUCUCACCUGGCAAAACUUUUCAUAUUUUCGGUGUCCUUAUGAGCUGUACACUGUGCACAUGGCCUCACACUUGUCCUCCUAGUCAUCGUUAAAUGCGCAUUUGUGCUUCGCAUGUUGCAGGCUGACUGACUGUUUAUGUCUCGCUUCUUCUGAGUUACAGAGAGCUACAUGUCCGGACCUCCUUUUGUCCCCGGACACGGACGUUUGGUCACCCUACAUUCUGUUUGUUGACUAAAAUGAACGUAAUCGAUGAAAUUCUUCAUGAUCAAUUAUCGAUUAAUCGACUAAUCAUGCCCAUCCCUAGUAUAGACCCUGACCUCUCCAGUUUGACAGCAUAUUUCUUUGGAUUAGGACUGCAGGUUUGAUGCUGUUUGCCCACAGUGAUCAGACUUUAUACCUCAGUUAUGUCAAAUCUAAACUCAUUUAUCUAAAUCUGUGUAGUUCAUUUGGACAGUCGUAUUCUGCUCAAAUAGGGCUCCAACUAAAGGGAGCACAUAUCGACAGGACAAUUUAUCCAUCAAAUAAUACUCCCACUAUAGAAUCACCAUUAUGUAAUAAUUUAAUGAAUUUGGGCAGAGGAGCAAAUCUUGACUAAGUCUUGUGGCAAAUAAUGCACCACUAGAGGGUGCACACCUCACCUUUGUGAUACUGGGGACUAAGGGUGUGCAGAAAGAAAUAUAUUUAAUGUGAUGAUACAGUAUAUCGUGGGCUGCUGUAUCAAUGUGUCGGCCAAGACUAUUUUUUGGUAUAUUUUACUAAAUUAUUUAGUUACAGCGCUACAGUUUUG